UUGGACAUCUCACGGCCUCGAGCGUAUUGUAACUAUUCGUACCGUUUUUCGCGCUGUUGUUUCGUCAUAAUAAAGUGCGUGUCGCAUACAGUUAAUAUCGGAAGUGCCAGAGUAAAGUAUCGCGUGAUCGUAAUCAAUCGUCUUUUUCCGAGUAAGCAUCGGGCAAACAUCAACAAGACACAGCAAAGGAACAGCAACGAAGGAACUGAGAGGAGGACGAGGUGGGAUCGGACAAUGGCGGAGCUACACAUCCAGAUUCAAGAUGUAUGUAGUUGGUUUUGGGUAGACGAAGUAUUGAAUCGAAAUCGAAUUUCUCUGCGAUGUCACAUCGUGCGAGGUAGAACGAAGGAGAGCUGGGACGAAUCAGCGUAUCCGCAGAAACAUCCGGAGAAGAUAAAGCUCAUCGCACCGCCAGGACGGCUUUUUUUCUUCGCAUCAAACGGCUCGUUGGAAAUGCCGCGAGCAAAGAGUGCAAUGAAAAUAUUGCGUUACAUUCGCCGGGACGGUAUUACCGGGCGGAAAGAAAAAGCGGGAAAGACUCCUUAG